AUGGUAUUAACACAAGUACGUAUUGGCCACUUUGAUCAACCAUCUUCUACGAGCACCAAGCCACUCUAUGGAUGCAUUGAAUCAUCACGUAUCAGUGGCCAAAUUCUUCAUGGAAGAAAUAUGAAUUCCAUGACAGGAGUCAUGCAGCAAUUAUCCACACUUGCCUUGACAGCAUGUGAAAUGUUUCAAUCUCUUUCUCAAACGGUUCAAGGAUCAUUUGAACGAAUUCAUUCAUUGAAUUCUCGCAUUCAGGAGAUUAAUCACAAAAUGCCUGAAUAUGAGCAGUUCAUGCAUCAAAAUAAUCACAAACUAUUGUUUAGAACAUCUUGUCAUGAAUUAUCAGAAUCGUCGUUAGAGAUUCUUUACAGAAAGGAUGUUGCACACAUUUCUAAGGAUAAUAGCCCUGUACCGUUACAUUCACAAUAUGCUAAUAAUUGCUUGGAAGCCUACUCCAAUUCCAAAUUAUUCUUUAACGAAUGGGCAAAACGAGAAUUUGAACGACAUCUCAAAGCCAAGCGUAAGAGAGAGGAACGCAGAAAACAAGCACCACUCGCUCAUUCUAAUGCCACUCAUCGUAAUUUGAGAGCAUGUCCUCCUUCUCGUCGUCUUGCUCAAGUCAGACAAUUGAGAAUUUAUCGACACAAGUUCAACUCUGAAGGUCAAAUUAUGCCAAUAAUGGCUGCUAGACACGUUGCUACUACCAUUGAAAACAUUCAAUCCACCGAAAAUGUUGCAGUUUCACAUGUGUCAGAGGUUCCAACUUUGAAGCAUGAAAAGACGCACGUUAGUGAAUUUCCACCCACUGUUCGGUCAAUCCAAGUUGAAGACGCUCCUCAAGCUAUACGUGUCGAGAGUCCUUACAUGAAUGAUGUUCCUGCAAGCUACAGCACUCUCGUGGAGGUACCAAAUUUCAAUGAAAGAAGUGAUACAAUACCUUCUUCGAGUGGAAUUAUUCCUCCUCCCCCAUCUGUCAUAUCUUUGGAGAUGAAUGCAGGUCUCCUGAAAACAAGUGUUGAAUCAAACAAGUCGCAAAUGAGUCGACUUGCUGUCACAGCUGGUUGCGUAAGUUGGUUAGAGGAUAUUAAACAGGGAAAAUCUCUAAAACCAGCAGAUGCAAGAAGUUAG